UUUGGUCUAAUCUACCCUUGAUCCCUGAGAGUCUUGUGAGUAGUAUAUAGGGAUUUUCCUCUCAGAUUUCAGACUAAAUAUUUAAUAUUGAGUAAGAAAGGUUAGGACAACAACAAUGAAGGCCGCUGUGACUUUCUUGCUCCAUUUUGCCUUCAUCUUCAGCACCAUACAAGCAAGAUCAAUCAUUCCACAGCCCAAAGCUCUCAGAUCUUUCAAGGUCAACAAUACCCAGAAUGUAGGAAGUUGUUCUUUCUCGGUUUCCAUAACGACCAGCUGUUCUUCACCCCGAUAUACUCGAGAUCAGAUCAGUAUUGCAUUUGGUGAUGCUUAUGGCUAUCAGGUGUAUGCACCUAGAAUAGACAAUCCACGUUCGAGGGCAUUCGAGAGUUGCUCCACUGACACAUUUCAGAUUUCCGGGCCAUGCACGUACCAGAUUUGUUAUGUGUAUCUCUAUAGGAGUGGAUAUGAUGGGUGGUUAGUAGACACAGUGACAAUCUAUGGUCAUAAUACAAAAGCUGUUACAUUCUAUUAUAACGCUUAUAUUCCCAGUGAUGUUUGGUUUGGAUUUAAUCUCUGUCAUGGUGCUUCAGCAUCAUCCACUUCAAGCAUGUAGAAAGACAUGGAAAUCCAGAUUUCAGAGGUCUGGUUUUCAGCUUAUUUGGGGCUCUCUGGUUUGUAAUGGUAUUUACUAUUUAGAAAGUAUAUCAAUAAAAUGUUCAUUAUAGUAGGGCCAGACCGGAAGUUAUCAAUAAAAUUUCUCAAUUACAAGAAUUCAAA